GAGAUGAAAAGAGCAAACAAGGCAGAGAAGAAGCAGAGAAACAGAACACACACACCCCACCUUCAAAAUCUUCAAUUUCAUAGAUAAUCGGAGGUUUCCUUCAUAAUCCAGAAUCUGGGUUUCCUGUCAUUUGAGGAUAAUUUCAUCAUUUCUGGGAAAAAAUCCGUAUUUUUUAAUUUGUUUUUUUUGGUUUCAGGAUUAUAUGAAUUGAGGGAUGGAGAAGGAAGGCAAGAACCAGAGAGCGUCGGAAACGGAGUUUUUCUUACAGUGGGGGAGCAGAAAGAGGCUCCGAUGUGUAAGAGUUAGAGGCCCUGACCCUUCUUCUUCAGACGCCACUAGGCUUCGCCGGAAAAUCUCGUCUCGCUUCCUCACCGUCUCCGCCAAAGACGCCGCUUUUCUCCCUCCACGCCACACCAGGAAUUCUGAGACGGCGGCGUUGAGAUCGGAGAACCGGAGGAGUGCGUCGAGGUCGCCGGAGAAGGAGGAGCGGUGUUACCCGACGAGAGGGUCGGCGGAGGAAAAUGGGAAAGUUGCGGUGGACGGCGGUGGGGGAAAUCUAGCCGGAAAUCACGCCGGAGACGAAAGCAAUAGAGGGGUGGUUUGGCCGAAGCUGUAUAUAACUUUGUCAAGCAAGGAAAAGGAAGAGGAUUUCAUGGCUAUGAAAGGGUGUAAGCUUCCUCAAAGACCUAAGAAGAGGGCUAAAAUCAUCCAAAGAACUUUGCUUUUGGUGAGUCCGGGAGCAUGGUUAACGGACAUGUCUUUAGAGAGGUAUGAAGUCAGAGAGAAGAAGAGUACUAAGAAGAGAGCCAGAGGAUUAAAGGCAAUGGGCAGCGUGGAAAGUGAUUCAGAAUGAAAGGACUAACGGCGUCAGGAUUUUCCCCCAACUUUGUCUGUUAUAUUUUUUUUUUUCCGUUACGGAAAUGAUUGAAUUAAGGGGUAGUUAAAGGGGUGGUAGCAGAAUUGGUUCACUUGUAAAUUUGUUCCGAUUAUGUCCGUCAGUCAAACCCAAAAACUGUAAUUUCAUUUUGUAUUGCGCAGCAAAUUCAUAUUAAUUUCGUGCAAUUUUUCUUCUGUUUGGUGUUCCAAUGGGGCCAAUAAGAGACCAUAGAUUGAUGGUGGCUUUACUAG